UGAAAAGACGAAACAACAAUACUGAGUUGGUAUGAUUACAGUUCGUUUGUUUGGCAAUUACGUAUCUUGCAGUAUGGUUGUAAAUCUGUGCCGCUUCUGGUACAUUUGACGACCGAAUUUGUGUUUUUUUCUAAUGGAGGAAGAAGCUAAGCCAAGAAUACCGUUUAUUAUUGGAGUUGCAGGCGGUUCUGCUUCUGGAAAGACAUCUGUAUGUAAACAAAUUUUGAAAAAACUUGGACAAGAUGAGAAAUCUGCAUCAAGGAUCCGUGACAUCUUAAUAUUGUGCCAAAGUGAUUUCUAUAAAGUUGAUGAAAAUCUGUCAAAUAAGGAUGAUGAAGAUGUGGAGUUAAAUUAUGAUCACCCAGAGGCAUUUGAUGAUGAACUUAUCAAGACCACUUUAGCUAAGCUAAAAAGUGGACAGACAGUUGAAACUCCUGUUUAUGAUCCAAAAACAUAUUCCAGGAAACCACAAUUUGUGACAACACACCCGCCAAAAGUUAUUCUAUUUGAAGGCAUUUUAGUUUUAUAUAACAAAGAAAUUCGAGAUUUACUUGAUAUGAAACUCUUUGUUGAUUGUGAUUCUGAUACCAGACUAGCAAGAAGAGUUUUAAAAGACACUGAGGAACAUGGUAGAGAUCUUGAUACAGUUUUGAAUACGUAUACAGAACUAGUGAAGCCAGCAUUUGAAGAAUUCUGCCUACCAACAAAGAAGUAUGCAGAUGUCAUUAUUCCCAGAGGAUCAGAUAACGAAGUGGCAAUGGAAGUAAUUAUCAGACAUAUCACUGAUAUUUUGAAAGGGGAUGAUAAUGAUAGAAAGAUUGGACAGGUUGGAGAAAACAGCAAAAGAGUUCGUCCAAGAAAACGAUCAGAAUCAAGUAGUAUUGGAAAUCGUCCGCAUUAAAAACAAGCAAUAAUUUUUAUUUUCUUCUGGGAAUUUCUAAUCUGGUAACCAUCUACAUUGAUAACUAAUCAUUUUAAUCCAACACUGAAAAACUUGUAUAUUACAAGUCCGUUCAAAGUCAUGUCAUAUUCACAAGAGGGGGUUUCUAAUUUUUCCACUAUUUUAUGGACUCUUUAGUGUCUGUAAAGGCCUUAAAAUUUUCAUUGUCGUUAACAUAUUAUGCUUUAUUAUAAAUUACUGACUGGGAACUGACAAGGGCGGACAAUUGAUCACCAUCAAAAGCGUGUGUGGGUUGCCGAAUUUUUCCCGCCAAUCCACGGAAUUGAAUUGCCACCCUUGACAGAUAUAUUCAGACACCUAUUGCACUCAUUAAAAUUUAAAUAAACGACAUACAAUAGUUUAAUAGUUCUUAAUGCUAAGGCUGAAACAUAAUCAUUCGUAAGUGAUCAGUUGUAUUUAGUUUUGGUUGUUAUGAGUUCAUCAAUCAAUCAAUAUCGUUAUAUCAGUUUGAAUAUCUAUUAUUUCCGCGGGAGUCGAAUCACUGUGUUUAUUGGUCAAUGCUGAUUCGUACUUCGGUUAAAUCUGAGCCAUGUAGUGACGAGCUCUAACGUACUCUUUUUCAGUAUCUCUACACAUAAAAGGCCCGUUUACAAUAGCCUCAGUUCAUUGUAAUGCCGUGACUGUAUGUAAAACUGUGUGUAGUGAAAACGGGGCUACAGUUACGUUAAGCAACCUAAGUCCUAAUAUUGUGUGUUCUGUGUGAUUUUCGAUUUGAUAAAUGUAGUGUAUGAUUUUAGAUUUUAGCAAUUAUACUAUGAGCUGGACUCUCUAUUUAUCAGGUUUUUAGAUAUUGAAGUGUGGUGAUUUAAUGCAGUGUUGACUAUGAUAUUGUAAUAUACCAUUCCUAAAAUUACUUGUUUUGUACAUGAUUCAGCAUAUACCAAGGUAUAUGUAUAUUAGUACUUUUGUACCAUCCUUUCUCAUGUUUAUAUGUGGCUGUAUGACACUACAAAAAGGUGGAAAAAUAAUUACCCUUCCGUUUCACCCUAUGGCCUCGUC